AACAGGGACCAAAGUGUUCUUGAGAAAAAAAAAUAUACGGUCUGUUAUAAGGUCGCCGGGAUAAAAGAGCAAAAUUAGUUAAUAAUAGAGAAAAAAGAGAGCUCUUAGUUAGGAGCUCUCGUUCAACUAUACCCCGGCAAAAGGAUAAACCAAUCAAAGUCGGUCAUGGACUCGCGUAAUCGGCGCAGUUUCUCUGGAGGCAGUGGAAAUGAGGGGGGUCGGGGCAACAAUUUCUACAGAUCCAGGCCGGGUUCUCGAUACAGCCGAUCCCGGUCGCGCUCACGUGAGCGUAAUCGCGGUUUUGGAGGCUUCAGGCAUCGCAGUUCUCGUUCUCGGAGUCGCGAUCGUUCCCCCACGUUCAGAAACGAUCAUCGUGGUGGUCGAGGAGGAGGAGGCGGAGCGGGUGGUGACCCCGAUUUGUACCACAAUCUGAUUAACGAUGACUACAGGGAGGAACAGCGCAACUACAACCCCCGGAAUAACUUUGAUAGUCGCCAGUUCCGUAGAGAAGAUAGCUUCGAUCGUCGGAAUCGGGAUAAAGAUGGUGGUGAUAGUGACCGCGAGCUGAAUGACUAUGAGUAUGAACAGCGCUGCCGGGACCUCGAUUCCCGGGAGCGUAACUCCUUGGAAAGGGGCGACAGGUACCAAGACAGGGGUCCAAGCAGGGAGCAGAAUAGACCCUGGAACAGGAACUUGAGCCACGACGACCGAGGCAGAAGCAACGAAAGCAACACACGCUCCAGAGAACACCGUUUUCAGAACGGCGGCGGAAACAAUAUGCCCAGAGAAAGAGAACGGGAUUGGGAACAAGAUCGUGAUCGUAAUCGGGAGCGUGAUCGGGAAAGAAGAGGUUCAUCGGAUUAUGACAGUGACGAGGGUCAUAUGAGGAGGAACAAAUACCGAGGCACCACCGAAGCCCUCAACAUAAUCAUUAUCUUCGGUCUCACCAAGGAAAUGACUAGGGCAGAUAUCAUGAGCGAGCUGAUUAAGGUGAACAUGGAGCCAGCCUGCAUUCGCAUAAUCCGGAAACAUGGCACAGAUUCAUCACGCGGUAUAGCGUUUGUCGAGUUUAACACCGUUGAGGAGGCGAAGCAAUGGAUGGAUAUUACACAGGGCGUACUGAAGUUGAACGAUCAGCGGGUGACCAUGCAGUAUAGUCACAAGCGGAUACAGGAUUGGAAUUGCAACAAGUGUGGCGUUUGCAACUUCAAGUUUAGAUUCUAUUGCUUCGUUUGCAAAACAUCCCGGGAAGAUAGCGAAACCACCUUCUCCUCCGGCAGCGAGGGCGUGGACGAAGUCAGCAGCAUUCUCACCAAAAAGAUCAUGCUGCGCAACCUGGACGCCCUGACCAACGAGGAGGGUGUUCUCACUGCCCUCCAGGAGCACCUGCCGGAAUUGAGCAAGACGGUCAGCAAGGUGCUGAUCAGUCGGGACACCUUAACUCAGGCAUCGCGAGGCAUCUGUUACCUUCACUUUGACACCCUCGUCGACUCCAUGAAUGUGCACAACGCCUUGACAUCGCUGGAUCCUCCACUUACUCUGGAUGACCGACCCGUUGCCGUUACCUAUUGCAAUGACUUGGAGGAUCGGCAAGCGAAGCCCAAAGACUCGAAAGCAACAGCAGUGAAAGCCAACGAACCAGGCGGUCAAAGUGGGGACAUUGCAGCGGUGCCACCCUCAGGAUUGGGUGGAAACUACACCCUGGCCGAUGUGCCGCGCCUUGCUGAAUACAGUGCCUCUUUGUAUGCUUCGAAUCCCGCGGAGCAUGCCCACUACGUCCAGUACUACACAGAUUAUUACACGACGGAUAUUAGCAAGAAGAACAGUGAUCCUCAGGUGACGGAGGCCAACUCCGGAGCAGCGGUGGCCCUCUCGGCCAUUCAGCGCAAGCAGAAGAAGAUGAACAGCAUCGAGACCACAAUCACGGCAGCGGCCACAGCGGCCGCACAGGCAGCGGCGGAAGUGAAGGCCACAUUGGCUGCCCAGGGCGUUACUGCGCCCAGGGGCAAUGAUGGGAAGACCUACCCCACUCCCGAUGUGACCCAGUACCAGUACGAUGAGACCUCUGGCUACUAUUACGACCGCACCACGGGCCUCUACUACGAUGCCCACUCGCAGUACUACUACAACAACGAGACGGGUGCGUAUCUCUACUGGGAUCAGCGAAGGAGCACGUACGUGCUGGCCACGCCCGCUUCCACUCAAGCGGCCCUCAAGGAAGUGCUCGCUGAGGCCGAGCAGAAAGAGGAUGAUGCCAAGAAGGUCAAGGAAAAGGACAAGGACAAGGAGGGCGGCAACAAGCACGACAAAGUGAAGGUGGCCAAGAAGAUUGUCAAGGACAUGGAGAAGUGGGCCAAGCAGCUGAACCAGAAAAAGGACUACACGGCAGUGGCCACGCCGCAACCAAUAUUGGCAACCGACGGCCCCAGCUCUUCACGAGGCAAUCAAGGAGGAUAUGCUGAUGUGGGAUUCUCCAUUCUCGAAAAGAAGGAGCGGGGCAAGCUGAACGACUAUGUGCCUCCUUCGGGUCCUGGUCCGAUGAACAAGCUUGUAAAUGCCUAUGGUGGAGCCUCGGACUCUGAAGAGGAAAGUGCAUCCACAUCGCAGAACGCGCAGAGUUUUUCGGAAUCAGGAAGUGUAUCUGGAGGUGGUGGCGCCGAGGAAUCGGAUUAUGUGGACUUCCAGAAGCUAACUUGCCUGCUCUGCAAGCGAGCCUUCCAAUCGCUGGACAUCUUACAAAAGCACUUGAAGAUGUCCACCCUGCACAAAGAGAAUCUGGCUAAGCUUAAUCAAAAUUCUGGAAGAAACAGCAUUGAUGAGGCACUAUCUUACCGUGACCGAGCCAAGGAGCGCAGGCUAAAAUACGGCGAGAGCGAUCCUCCUCCGCCAAAUCGAAGCCGGGAGCGAUUCGAGCAGGAAAUCAAGACGUUACAGACGCGACAGAAGGAGUCCUCUGGGGCGACUCCAGCCAUGCCUAUCAGUUCGAGUAAUGUGGGCAGUCGCCUGUUGCAAAAGAUGGGCUGGUCGGAGGGCCAGGGAUUGGGCAGGAAGAACCAGGGCCGGACUCAGAUCAUAGAGGCAGAGGGUCGCACCAACAAUGUGGGCUUGGGCAACAAAUCGGGACACAUGAUUCCGGGCAACGACUACAAAUCGUACAUCAAGAAGAUGAUGAAGCAGCGUUAUGAAAACGCUUGAGGUUAGGCUAUGCCUAAAAUCAUUUACAACUUAAAGCCGAUUUUAUAUGUCCCAUUUAAACUAAAAGGGGCCGUUAAAUUUUAAUACUUAAGCUGCAAAGCACAAAAAGCUAAUUGAAAUAAUAUGGUUAAACAUGAAAUUUAUUACCCAUUUUCUGUUGCGAAUUUAAACUAAGUAAAAACUUAUUUCUCAUUUGACACUGCGCAGCUUACUUUAAAAUUAAUAGGGAAAUGUGAAACCGGCAUUCUAGAUAAUACAUUUAUAGUUUGAGUUAUGAUUAAGCCAAUUUCUUACGCUAAUUGUACACAAAUAAAUUUAAAUAACGUUUAAAA